AUGGAGUCCGGAGAUACAGGUAAAAGCUCGCAAUAUUAUGCAAUAUUUGAAAUGACAGACCUGUAUAUAGCUAGUAACAUGUAUUCAAAGAUGGCUAAACUCUUGCUCCAUCAAAUCCGGUUCGUAAACAGGAUUUGUUGUUGAGGCAUCAAAACUCAUCAAACACAUUUGUUGCCACAAUCGGCAUCAACUGCAUAUGUGAGAUUCAUGACAGAAUUGGUUGUAGUUUGGUAGCUAUUUUAGCUAUUUAUUACUAUAAUAAUACCUUAGUUGAUGCCACCCGACCUAGUUAGCAAGCUAACCUGUUUUUACCAACCCAGGCCUACUUCUCAACUCUGUGACAACACAUACAUUUGUGACUUUACUAGUAUACUCACAAAGAGCAAUAAAAACGCGAUCACCUCUUGUGACUAACAUUAUUGGUAACAGUACACACAGACAACUGUUCCAAACUCUUCCACUGACUGUCUGUGUUAUUCCCACUGUAGGGAGAGGUGGCUGGAACAACAAGUUCCGGUCAACUCAGAAGAGCAGGAUGAGUGUGAACGUUCUCCGUCAGGAGGAGCUGAUCGCCCAGAAGAAGCGCGAGAUUGAGGCUAAGAUGGCAGAGCAAGCCAAGAACAAGAGCCUUCAGACUCCCAACAAGCCACAGCCACCAAGGUACAGUAGACCUGAGUUUCUGAAACACUACAAAUAGGUCUACCUUUCUACUCAAUCCCAGCUGCAAGUACUUGAUUGGUCCACUUGACUGGUUGAUUGCAGCCAUUGAUUUUGACUUCUUAUCCCUACAGUUUACCCAGUUUACAGGGACCCUCUUCGAACAACAACAAGUAUGUGAAUGACGGAAGUUUCUUACAGCAGUUUAUGAAGCUGCAGAAGGACAAACCCAGCGCUGACUCUGGUGAGAUGGGUAGCUGUUUUGACUUAAUUGGUUUCAAUAGAAAAUGUGUUAGGACUUUAUUUUGAUGGUACAGAAAUGAUUAAAUAAAAUGAUAACAGUAAUAAUUGAUGAAUUAGUUGUUUCUUCUGGAUUCAUUAAACAAUUAAGGAAACACUGCAGUGAGUGUUAACCCAAUUGUGUACCCUCUCCAGGCUCCAGCAGUGACACCAAAGCCCCAUCUUCAUCCAUCCCCAGUCCGUCCUCAGGAGUGUCUCAGCCCCAGAAGAAGAGCAUUCUCAUCGGCAAGCGUCCCGGUCUAGGCAUCAGCAGCAUGCUGAACCAGUUUAAGAACUACUCCCAGUCAAAGAAGACCCCGCUUCGCCCCCAAAGGCCUAGCAUAUUCAGCUCCCCAGAUGAUGAUGAUGAUGAUGAGGAGGAAGUUGAUGAUUUAAGUUUCCUAGAGAUCAAAGGUAAUCAAUGAUCUGGUUUUAGACAUCAAAGGACUGCCAGUAGCCUGUGUGCCGGUCAGAUGCUGUCCUAGGCUACAUGUUGUUGUCAUUUCACCCAUGUCAUUGACUGUGUAUUCUAGUGGCAGAGUAGCUGCUUGCCUGAGAAUAAUGCUUUUCCUGAGUUCGCAUAGCCUUCUACAGUAGAGUAAAGGUAAGGUACUCAUAGCCCUCUUAAAGUUUCUCCCCCAGAGGACCGAGACACACAACUUAUCCUGGACAAGUUGGCAGCCUUUGUGGCUGAGGGAGGGCCUGAGCUAGAGAGGAAGGCCAAGGAGAACUACAAGGACAACCCUGUUUUCUCGUGAGUCUGUAUGGAUGAACUAACAGUACAGUGGUGAAAAAAAGUAUUUAGUCAGCCACCAAUUGUGCAAGUUCUCCCACUUAAAAAGAUGAGAGGCCUGUAAUGUUCAUCAUAGGUACGCGUCAACUAUGACAGACAAAUUGAGAAAAAAUAUCCAGAAAAUCACAUUGUAGGAUUUUUAAUGAAUUUAUUUGCAAAUUAUGGUGGAAAAUAAGUAUUUGGUCAAUAACAAAAGUUUCUCAAUACUUUGUUAUAUACCCUUUGUUGGCAAUGACACAGGUCAAAUGUUUUCUGUAAGUCUUCACAAGGUUUUCACACACUGUUGCUGGUAUUUUGGCCCAUUCCUCCAUGCAGAUCUCCUCUAGAGCAGUGAUGUUUUGGGGCUGUCGCUGGGCAACACGGACUUUCAACUCCCUCCAAAGAUUUUCUAUGGGGUUGAGAUCUGGAGACUGGCUAGGCCACUCCAGGACCUUGAAAUGCUUCUUACGAAGCCACUCCUUCGUUGCCCGGGCGGUGUGUUUGGGAUCAUUGUCAUGCUGAAAGACCCAGCCACGUUUCAUCUUCAAUGCCCUUGCUGAUGGAAGGAGGUUUUCACUCAAAAUCUCACGAUACAUGGCCCCAUUCAUUCUUUCCUUUACACGGAUCAGUCGUCCUGGUCCCUUUGCAGAAAAACAGCCCCAAAGCAUGAUGUUUCCACCCGCAUGCUUCACAGUAGGUAUGGUGUUCUUUGGAUGCAACUCAACAUUCUUUGUCAUCCAAACACGACGAGUUGAGUUUUUACCAAAAAGUUAUAUUUUGGUUUCAUCUGACCAUAUGACAUUCUCCCAAUCCUCUUCUGGAUCAUCCAAAUGCACUCUAGCAAACUUCAGACGGGCCUGGACAUGUACUGGCUUAAGCAGGGGGACACGUCUGGCACUGCAGGAUUUGAGUCCCUCGCGGCGUAGUGUGUUACUGAUGGUAGGCUUUGUUACUUUGGUCCCAGCUCUCUGCAGGUCAUUCACUAGGUCCCCCCGUGUGGUUCUGGGAUUUUUGCUCACCGUUCUUGUGAUCAUUUUGACCCCACGGGGUGAGAUCUUGCGUGGAGCCCCAGAUCGAGGGAGAUUAUCAGUGGUCUUGUAUGUCUUCCAUUUCCUAAUAAUUGCUCCCACAGUUGAUUUCUUCAAACCAAGCUGCUUACCUAUUGCAGAUUCAGUCUUCCCAGCCUGGUGCAGGUCUACAAUUUUGUUUCUGGUGUCCUUUGACAGCUCUUUGGUCUUGGCCAUAGUGGAGUUUGGAGUGUGACUGUUUGAGGUUGUGGACAGGUGUCUUUUAUACUGAUAACAAGUUCAAACAGGUGCCAUUAAUACAGGUAACGAGUGGAGGACAGAGGAGCCUCUUAAAGAAGAAGUUACAGGUCUGUGAGAGCCAGAAAUCUUGCUUGUUUGUAGGUGACCAAAUAUUUAUUUUCCACCAUAAUUUGCAAAUAAAUUCAUUAAAAAUCCUACAAUGUGAUUUUCUGGAUUUUUUUUCUUCUCAAUUUGUCUGUCAUUGUUGACGUGUACCUAUGAUGAAAAUUACAGGCCUCUCUCAUCUUUUUAAGUGGGAGAACUUGCACAAUUGGUGGCUGACUAAAUACUUUUUUCCCCCACUGUAUGUUGAAUGUAUAGUAUGUAAUGUGGUCUCUUUUUGUCCUGAUAUAAAGAUCUGUUCCUUUUCCACCGUACAGAUUCUUGUAUGAUAAGAACAGCCGGGACUAUCUUUAUUACCGAAAGAGAGUUGCUGAACUCCGAAAGGAUAACCCAACACCUGAGACGCCGUCACGUUCUAAUGGUAAGAUUACCUAUAUCGGUUUCUCUCUCUCUCUCUCUUACUCUCACACACGCUUGCUCUCGGCUCCAAAGACUACAGAUGAAAAGAACACCAUUCAAUCUAUCUUUAUACAUGUGGAUGAGAUACAUACAGUGCAUUCGGAAAGUACUCAGACCCCUUGACGUAUUCCACAUUUUCUUACGUUACAGCCCUAUUCUAAAAUUGAUUAUAUAAAAAAAAUAUCCAUCUACACACAAUACCCCAUAAUAUUUUGCAAAUGUAUAAAAAAAAUACCUUAUUUACGUAAGUAUUCAGACCCUUUACUAUAAUACUCGAAAUUGAGAUCAGGUGCAUCCUGUUUCCAUUGAUCAUCCUUGAUGUUUCUACCUGUCCACCUGUGGGAAAUUCAAUUGAUUAGACAUGAUUUGGAAAGGCACACACCUCUCUAUAUAAGGUCCCACAGUUGACAGUGCACGUCAGAGCAAAAACCAAGCCAUGAGGUCGAAGGAAUUGUUUGUAGAGCUCAGAGACAGGAUUGUGUCGAGGCACAGAUCUGGGGUAGGGUACCAACACAUUUCUGCAGCAUUGAAGGUCCCCAAGAACGCAGUGGCCUCUAUCAUUCUUAAAUGGAAGAAGUUUCUUCCUGGAGCUGGCCUCCCGGCCACACUGAGCAGUCGGGGGAGAAGGGCCUUGGUCAGGGAGGUGACCAAGAAGCCGAUGGUUACUGUGAUAGAGUUCCUCUGUGGAGAUGGGAGAACCUUCCAGAAGGACAACCAUCUCUGCAGCACUCCACCAAUCAGGCCUUUAUGGUAGAGUGGCCAGACGGAAGCCACUCCUCAGUAAAAGGCACGACAGCCCGCUUGGAGUUUUCCAAAAUGUCACGUCUGGAGGAAACCUGUCAAAAGUUUGGACACACCUACUCAUUCAAGGGUUUUUCUUUAUUUUUACUAUUUUUUACAUUGUAGAAUAAUAGUGAAGACAUCAAAACUCUGAAAUAACACAUAUGUAAUCAUGUAGUAACCAAAAAAGUGUUAAACAAAUCAAAACAUAUUUUAUAUUCUUCAAAUAGCCACCCUUUGCCUUGACGACAGCUUUGCACACUCUUGGCAUUCUCUCAAUCAGCUUCAUGAGGUAAUCACCUGGAAUGCAUUUCAAUUAACAGGUGUGCCUUCUUAAGUUAAUUUGUGGAAUUUCUUUCCUUCUUAAUGCAUUUGAGCCAAUCAGUUGUGUUGUGACGGGGUGGGGUGGGGUGGUAUACAGAAGAUAGCCCUAUUUGGUAAAAUACCAAGUCCAUAUUAUGGCAAGAACAGCUCAAAUAAACAAAGAGAAACGACAGUCCAUCAUUACUUUAAGACAUGAAGGUCAGUCAAUACGAAACAUUUCAAGAACUUUGAAAGUUUCUUCAAGUGCAGUCGCAAAAACCAUCAAGCGCUAUGAUGAAACAGGGUUCUCAUGAGGACCGCCACAGGAAUGGAAGACCCAGAUUUACCUCUGCUGCAGAGGACAAGUUCAUUACCAGCCUCAGAAAUUGCAGCCCAAAUAAAUGCUUCACAGAGUUCAAGUAACAGACACAUCUCAACAUCAACUGUUCAGAGGGGACUGUGUGAAUCAGGCCUUCAUGGUUGAAUUGCUGCAAAGAAACCGCUACUAAAGGACACCAAUAAGAAGAAGAGACCUGCUUGGGCCUAGAAACACGAGCAAUGGACAUUAGAUCAGUGGAAAUUUGUCCUUUGGUCUGGAGUCCAAAUUUGAGAUUUUUGUUUCCAACUGCCCUGUCUUUGUGAGACGUGGUGUGGGUGAACGGAUGAUCUCCGCAUGUGUAGUUCCCACCGUAAAUCAUGGAGGAGGAAGUGUUAUGGUGUGGGGGUGCUUUGCUGGUGACACUGUCUGUGGUUUAUUUAGAAUUCAAGGCACAGUUAACCAGCAUGGCUACCACAGCAUUUUGCAGCGAUACGCCAUCCCAUCUGGUUUGGGCUUAGUGGGACUAUCAUUUGUUUUUCAACAGGACAAUGACCCAACACACCUCCAGGCUGUGUAAGGGCUAUUUUACCAAGAAGGAGAGUGAUGGAGUGCUGCAUCAGAUGACCUGGCCUCCACAAUCUCCCGACCUCAACCCAAUUGAGAUGGUUUGGGAUGAGUCGGACAGCAGAGUGAAGGAAAAGCAGCCAACAAGUGCUCAGCAUACGUGGGAACUCCUUCAAGACUAUUGGAAAAGCAUUCCAGAUGAAGCUGGUUGAGAGUGUGCAAAGCUGUCAUCAAGGCAAAGGGUGGCUAUUUGAAGAAUCUCAAAUAUAAAAUAUAUUUUGAUUUGUUUAACACUUUUUUGGUUACUACAUGAUUCCAUAUCUGUUAUUUCAUAGAUUAAGUCUUCACUAUUAUUCUACAAUGUAGAAAAAUAGUAAAAAUUAAAGAAAAACCCUUGAAUGAGUAGGUGUGUCCAAUCUUUUGACUGGUAGUAUGUGUAUGUAUGUAUGUAUGUAUGUAUGUAUGUAUGUAUGUAUGUAUGUAUGUAUGUAUGUAUGUAUGUAUGUAUGUAUGUAUGUAUGUAUGUAUGUAUGUAUGUAUGUAUGUAUGUAUGUAUGUAUGUAUGUAUGUAUGUAUGUAUGUAUGUAUGUAUGUACAGUGGGGAGAACAAGUAUUUGAUACACUGCCGAUUUUGCAGGUUUUCCUACUUACAAAGCAUGUAGAGGUCUGUAAUAGGUACACUUCAACUGUGAGAGACGGAAUCUAAAACAAAAAUCCAGAAAAUCACAUUGUAUGAUUUUUAAGUAAUUAAUUUGCAUUUUAUUGCAUGACAUAAGUAUUUGAUCACCUACCAACCAGUAAGAAUUCCGUCUCUCACAGACCUGUUAGUUUUUCUUUAAGAAGCCCUCCUGUUCUCCACUCAUUACCUGUAUUAAAUGCACCUGUUUGAACUCAUUACCUGUAUAAAAGACACCUGUCCACACACUCAAUCAAACAGACUCCAACCUCUCCACAAUGGCCAAGACCAGAGAGCUGUGUAAGGACAUCAGGGAUAAAAUUUUAGACCUGCACAAGGCUGGGAUGGGCUACAGGACAAUAGGCAAGCAGCUUGGUGAGAAGGCAACAACUGUUGGCGCAAUUAUUAGAAAAUGGAAGAAGUUCAAGAUGACGGUCAAUCACCCUCGGUUUGGGGCUCCAUGCAAGAUCUCACCUCGUUGGGGUAUCAAUGAUCAUGAGGAAGGUGAGGGAUCAGCCCAGAACUACACGGCAGGACCUGGUCAAUGACCUGAAGAGAGCUGGGACCACAGUCUCAAAGAAAACCAUUAGUAACACACUACGCCGUCAUGGAUUAAAAUCCUGCAGCGCACGCAAGGUCCCGCUGCUCAAGCCAGCGCAUGUCCAGGCCCGUCUGAAGUUUGCCAAUGACCAUCUGGAUGAUCCAGAGGAGGAAUGGGAGAAGGUCUUGUGGUGAGACAAAAAUAGAGCUUUUUGGUCUAAACUCCACUCGCCAUGUUUGGAGGAAGAAGAAGGAUGAGUACAACCCCAAGAACACCAUCCCAACCGUGAAGCAUGGAGGUGGAAACAUCAUUCUUUGGGGAUGCUUUUCUGCAAAGGGGACAGGACGACUGCACCGUAUUGAGGGGAGGAUGGAUGGGGCCAUGUAUUGCGAUAUCUUGGCCAACAACCUCCUUCCCUCAGUAAGAGCAUUGACGAUGUGUCGUGGCUGGGACUUCCAGCAUGACAACGACCCGAAACACACAGCCAGGGCAACUAAGGAGUGGCUCUGUAAGAAGCAUCUCAAGGUCCUGGAGUGGUCUAGCCAGUCUCCAGACCUGAACCCAAUAGAAAAUAUUUGGAGGGAGCUGAAAGUCCGUAUUGCCCAGCGACAGCCCCGAAACCUGAAGGAUCUGGAGAAGGUCUGUAUGGAGGAGUGGGCCAAAAUCCCUGCUGCAGUGUGUGCAAACCUGGUCAAGACCUACAGGAAACGUAUGAUCUCUGUAAUUGCAAACAAAGGUUUCUGUACCAAAUAUUAAGUUCUGCUUUUCUGAUGUAUCAAAUACUUAUGUCAUGCAAUAAAAUGCAAAUGAAUUACUUAAAAAUCAUACAAUGUGAUUUUCUGGAUUUUUGUUUUAGAUUCCGUCUCUCACAGUUGAAGUGUACCUAUGAUAAAAAUUACAGACCUCUACAUGCUUUGUAAGUAGGAAAACCUGCAAAAUCAGCAGUGUAUGAAAUACUUGUUCUCCCCAGUGUGUGUGUGUAUGUAUGUAUGUAUGUAUGUAUGUGUAUAUAUAUAUGUAUAACUCAGCAAAAAAAGAAACGUCCCUUUUUCAGGACUCUGUCUUUCACAGAUAAUGAGUAAAAAUCCAAAUAAAUUCACAGAUUUUCAUUGUAAAGGGUUUAAACACUGUUUCCCAUGCUUGUUCAAUGAACCAUAAACAGUUCAUGCACCUGUGGAACGGUCGUUAAGACACUAACAGCUUACAGACGGUAGGCAAUUAAGGUCACAGUUAUGAAAACUUAGGACACUAAAGAUGCCUUUCUACUGACUCUGAAAAACACCAAAAGAAAGAUGCCCAGGGUCCCUGUUCAUCUGUGUGUACAUGCCUUAGGCAAGCUGCAAGGAGCCAUGAGGACUGCAGAUGUGGCCAGGGCAAUAAAUUGCAAUGUCCAUACUGUGAGACGCCUAAGACCGCUACAGGGAGACAGGACGGAGAGCUGAUCGUCCUCGCAGUGGCAGACCACUUGUAACCACUGUACACCUGCACAGGAUCGGUACAGCCGAACAUCACACCUGCAGGACAGGUACAGGAUGGCAACAACAACUGCCCGAGUUACACCAGGAACACACAAUCCCUCUAUCAGUGCUCAGACUGUCCUCAAUAGGCUGAGAGAGGCUGGACUGAGGUCUUGUAGGCCUGUUGUAAGGCAGGUCCUCACCAGACAUCACCGGCAACAACGUCGCCUAUGGGCACAAACCCACCGUCGCUGGACAAGACAGGACUGGCAAAAAGUGCUCUUCACUGACAAGUCGCGGUUUUGUCUCACCAGGGGUGAUGGUCGGAUUCGCGUUUAUCGCCAAAGGAAUGAGCGUUACACCGAGGCCUGUACUCUGGAGCAGGAUCGAUUUGGAGGUGGAGGGUCCGUCAUGGUCUGGGGCAGUGUGUCACAGCAUCAUCGGACUGAGCGUGUUGUCAUUGCAGGCAAUCUCAACGCUGUGCGUUACAGGGAAGACAUCCUCCUCCAUGAUGUGGUAACCUUCCUACAGGCUCAUCCUGACAUGACCCUCCAGCAUGACAAUGCCACCACGCACAGAACGAGCAGUAUGGCUGAUUUCCUGCAAGACAGGAAUGUCAGUGUUCUGCCAUGGCCAGCGAAGAGCCCAGAUCUCAAUCCCAUUGAGCACGUCUGGGACCUGUUGGAUCGGAGGGUGAGGGCUAGGGCCCAUUCCACCCAGAAAUGUCUGGGAACUUGCAGGUGCCUUGGUGGAAUAGUGGGGUAACAUCUCCCAGCAAGAACUGGCAAAUCUGGUGCAGUCCAUGAGGAGGAGAUGCACUGCAGUACUUAAUGCAGCUGGUGGCCACACCAGAUACUGACUUACUUUUGAUUUUGACCCCCCUUUGUUCAGGGACACAUUAUUCAAUUUCUGUUAGUCACAUGUCUGUGGAACUUGUUCAGUUUAUGUCUCAGUUGUUGAAUCUUGCUAUGUUCAUACAAAUAUUUACACAUGUUAAGUUUGCUGAAAAUAAACGCAGUUGACAGUGAGAGGACGUUUCUUUUUUUGCUGAGUUUAUAUGUGUGUGUGUGUAUAUAUAUAUAUAUAUAUAUAUAUAUAUAUAUAUAUAUAGCUAGCCCUCCUUGGCGUGUUUUAGUUUAUGUUGAAAGUAACCAUUGCACACAAACGAUGAGGACCGAAGCUUCAAAUGACAGAUACAGAAUUAUUUACUGAAAAGUCCUUCACGACAGACAGCAUUUAUAAUGCCCACUGUUCAUGGUGUUAUUUAUUCAAAAAAAUGUAAGAUUAGGCCUAUAUUUUAGUAUCAAAUCCAUACAAUCCACUUCCCCAAUCACCACCAUGUCCCCCUGCUCCCCCCUCUUCUUAUCCCCUACUGGCUGUAGACUGGUGUGUGAGGGCCAGUUGAGUACGGUACGGUAGUAGUGUGAGUUGAGCCCCAGUACUGAUAGGCUGCUUAAAGUCUCCCCCCCAGUGGACGAGGAGACCCAAAGGGUGGCCAAGAAGCUGGCCAGUUUUGUGGCCGACGGUGGCCCCGAGGUAGAAGCCAUCGCCGCCCAGCACAACCAGGACAACCCUGCCUUCAGGUAAGUGACAGUCUCAAAUAUUGUAAUGAGUGUUUAAUGCAUUGAUCCAAUUGUAUUUUAUUGAUCCCAAAGAAGAAAUUGAUUUGUCAUAGUAUUGCUUACUUUAUUAAAAACCUAACAUGUAAAGUGGACAAAAUACCAUAAAAGAUGGCUUAUUUCUUCUUCCUCUUCUCAGUUUUCUUUAUGACCUCCAAAGCCCCGGCCAUCACUUCUACAAGGAGAAGGUGGAGGAGUACCGCCAGGCCAAAAAUGACCAGAGCCCCCCAAUCAAGCAGGAGCCUGGAGUGGGGCUCAAGAUGCCGGCUGCCCCUCCCCCGCCUCUUCACUACCCCUACCUGCUGGGCCAGGUAAAGCUCGAGCCGGGUCUGGAGAUAAAAGAGGAAACAGCAGGGCCCCCCAUGGUUAAGAGGAAGAGGAAGAGCCGCUGGGGGUCAGAGGACGACAAGGUGGAUCUGUCGCUGCCACCCAUCUUCAUCCCCAAGGAGGAAGAGCCAGAGGCCAGCCCGUGUCUUUCUGGUACACACACACCCAUAAUACACAGCCUCUCUUGUAUAACACACACACACAUAAAAAUAGAAUCAAAUGUAAUUGGUUUCGCGUACACCUAUUUUGCCGACGUUAUUGCGGAUAUAACGAAAUGCCUAUGUUCCUAGCUUCAACAGUGCAGUAAUACCUAACAAUACAAAACGAUACAUGCAAAUCCAACAAAUUAAGAAAUAUAGUAAUAUUAGAACAAGAGACCGUUGUUUUAGUAUAUCUUAGACUAAAAACAGUGUUUGUAAGGUAUAUCUAUCCUGGCCAUGUGUUGUGUCCAUCCUUGCUGAGUGUGUGUGGUGUGUUUCAGUUCAUGAACUGAGAGAUCUGGGCUAUAAGAAGGGAAAGCCUGUGGGCCUGGUCGGGGUAACAGAGCUCUCAGACGACCAGAAGAAACAGCUCAAAGAGCAACAGGAGGUACUGCUUGACCGACAGACAGACAGAGCACAAUACACUAUGGCAACAAAUUGUACUUUCACUGUUUGAAUUGUCGGGGACUGGGCAGUGUUAAUCAUUUUAGUAUUUUGGGCGCGCCUUGGUUUGGUAUGGGAGUGCCCAGCUUACUUCAAACCUAGCCUCUAACAAGACCAGAUGGGCUCAGUUGCGUCCUUUCUCAGCCACCUUGAAAUCCGUCUCUGAAACCUUGACUGAGGUGUGUGUCCGGCCUGCACAUGCAUGUGUGUCUGUGUUCUCACCCCAGAUGCAGGAGAUGUUUGACAUGAUCAUGAAGCAUAAGCGUGCGAUGGCGGAGAUGCAGGUGAUGUGGGAGAAGGCGGUGCGGGACCACUCCCAUGAGUACGACAGUGACGAGGAGGUAGACCAGCAGGCUGGCACCUGGGAGCACCGCCUCCGUCACAUGGAGAUGGAGAAAACACGUGGUAAGAUUCAUGAAGACAAUGGCCGUGUUCGAAGAUCAUCAAAACCGUGAUGUAUCAUGAGUAAAUUCUGACUGAAUGAUCUAUAAAUAAUAUUGAGUAGUUAUUUAUGAUACAAGGUGAUUUGUGGAUCAGUCAGUCUCGACUCGUCUUUAAAGUCGGCUGCAAUGUCAAAUGCGCCCAAUGUGUUUGUUAAAGUGAAAGGACUUUUUGAAUGUGAGAUUUGAUUCUUGAAAAGAUCCGUUUAUUACUGACAUUUUUUUUGGUUUAAUCAACGACUACUUUCAGAACAUUCUGUGUCAACAACUCAUUAAUCAACUCUGAGAUAUACCUCAUCAUAUUAACCUGGGCCUCGUUCAAUCUGAAUGUUCAAAACGUUGUGUCCUGCUGAACGCGCCCCUGACGUAAAUGGCUGCUUGGCUCUUCCUCCAGAGUGGGCGGAGUCGCUGACUGACAUGGGAAAGGGGAAGCACUUCAUUGGUGACUUCCUACCUCCGGAGGAGCUGGAGAAGUUUAUGGAGACCUUCAAGGCACUCAAGGUCAGUUCCAAAUCUUUUCCCCAACUCUUCUCUUUGGCACUUAACCCUUUACCCCUUCGUUGUCUAGCCUCAGCCAAAAAGGAAUGACCCGGAAACCACCAUUUGGGAAACACAUAUUCUAUUCACAUGAUCUCAUGUUCUUGAAUUGUGUUUUGGGUUGUUCUGCAGGAAGGCCAUGACCCAGACUACUCGGAGUAUAAGGAUUUUAAGCUAACGGUGGAGAACCUCGGUUUCCAGAUGCUCAUGAAGAUGGGCUGGAAGGAGGGCGAUGGCCUCGGCUCUGACGGACAGGGCAUCAAGGCCCCUGUCCACAGGUGGGGGACUGUCAAAUUCACAGACACAUAGUAUACACACUUGGACUCAGGCAUAGUCACACGAAGACAUGCAAACACUGGACAUGAACACCCACACUAUUGGCUGAUACAAGGUCUUCUACACAGCUUAUACACACACACUUAACCAGCUGCUGUGGUUUGGUUUGCUCCAGGGGAAUCACGGCUGUUGACGGGGCAGGGUUUGGUGUGGACCGGCCCGCUGAGCUCUCAGGACAGGACGAUGAGUAUGACGCUUUCAGAAAGAGGAUGAUGCUAGCCUAUCGCUUCAGGCCUAACCCACUGGUAAUUACUACAUAAAUGCCAUCUGCAAACUGUUCUGUUCAGAUGACCUGGCAUUGGUAAGAGUUUUUGGUAACGCGUUUCUUUUUUUUUCAGAACAACCCAAGGAGACCAUACUACUGAUGAAGAGGCCUGAAUUUGGUCGACUUUGUCGAAUUUACUUUUUUAAACCACCAACAGUGGCAUGAUGGCCCAGUUAUGCCUUUCUCUUUGUUGUGGGAACAAACUGUAGGACACUAGUCUAGUAAUCUAGUAAUCUCCUCUAGAUUGUGUGGAAUUUUAUAGUCGUUGAUAAAUUGUUUAGGUUGGAGAAUAAGGAGGACGGAUUUGUCGGAUCUAAUUGAAGUUGUCUAAGACUCAGUUGAUGUGAAUCUGACUCAACUGCAGAAUCAAAGUAUCAUAUUUGAUCAAUCGGAUGGCUAGGGUAUCAUUGUGAUGGCUUAUGAUCUGAUCCUAGUCACGAUUCAAAACGCAGAACAACCUAUAAACACUGCCUGUCCUCUCUGUAUUGUGACGUCUGUCUUUUUGCUUGGAUUUUAAUUUCUUCACAUGUUCAAGAUGUUACUUGGCAAUGACAGUAACCAAAAUACAUAAUUUGACUGAUAAUAAAUGGCUUUGUAGUUCUUUCUGUGCAUGGUUUUGCUAUGGUUGUUUGAUCACCCUUCUUCAAAGAUUUGAACACAGUGUUAACACAUCGUAAAUGUGUUAUUUACAUCGUAAAUUCAAGCAACGAAUGUAAAAUGUUUCACUGUGAAAAAUAAAAAUAUUAAAUAGU